AUGGUCAAUCAGGUCCGCGAGGUUGGCGGCAGGCUCUCCAGCAUGAUCGGCGAGCGCUCCAGCGAGCCCGCGGCGUCGACGCCCAGCGGAGCGGGGCAGACUGCGGGCCUGCUGUGCGACUGCACCUUCACGCUCGCCUGUGGCGCGGCCACGCUGCUCGUGGGCGCCAACCUGCGCCUGGAACGCGGCCGCAUCUACGGGUUCGUCGGGGGCAACGACAGCGGCAAGAGCACCAUCCUGCGCGCGAUCCACGAGCGGCGCGUGAGCGACUUCCCGCCAAUGGAGGAGGUGGUCACCACGCUCGUGGAGCACGGGGUCGGCGAGAAACACCCAGAGUGCGAGAUGACGCCGGUCGGCACGGUGGCGGACCUCCUGGCGGAUGAGAUGAUACGGUCCUUGAAGCUGUCCGAGUACGAAGUGGCCCGUGCGCUGGGAGAGUGGGGCUUCCAGCGCGAGGGGCGCCUGCGGAGGCCCAUCCGGACACUGAGCGGGGGCUGGCGGAUGAAGCUCGGCCUCGCCCGCGCGAUGCUCCAGAGCGCAGAUCUGCUGCUCCUGGACGAGCCCACUGGCCACCUCGACGUGGAGCACAUCGCCUGGCUCGCAGAGUACGUGCAGGGCCUGCGGGCGGAUCGCUCCCCGGCGGUUUCCACACUGAUCGUCUCUCACGACUCCAGCUUUCUGGAUCGGGUCUGCACGGACAUCAUUCACGUGGACGGGAACAGACUGCAUGCACAUGCCGGUGAUUUCUCUAGCUUCCUGGCGAAGGUGCCCGAUGCACGCCUGGGCACAGGGUCCGCUGGCGAGCCAGAGAAGGUGUUAGCCGCUUUCACGCUGCCUGAGCCAGGACAUUCGGACCGCUGGAGGGCGUCCGCUCUCGGGGGCGGCGCUUCCUGA